AUGCCGACUCCAGUCACGACCCUCCUGAUUGUGACAGUGAUCAUACUGGGUACAAGCUUAGCGGUCGCUGCCUUGGUGGAGUUAUUUCGGCCAGGCAAAGCUCCACAACUGAUCAUUGACCAACUUUCAGUGGUGUUGGACAUAUAUUUGCGAUGGCGAUAUCCCAUAUUGCACAAGACCCGCCGGGUACAGCUUCCGUCCUGCUCGUAUCGGUGGCCAAAUGGUCAGGGAGAUACCGGCAAGUUCAUGGACGGGAUCCAGAACUCUGCCAAGUGGGAAGAACAAUAUGGAAGUGUUUAUAGACUUUGGUCUGGAUUCAGCUCCGAGAUAGUUCUCACCCAGCCUCAUCAGCUACGAAGCAUUUUCAAAGACUCAGACAGGCACGCAAAAGCUCCAGCGAACAACUCCGGCCACUACAUGAACGAACUUCUCGGAAAGUGUGUCGGACUUAUUAGUGGCCGCCAGUGGCGUAGCGUGAGGUCGGUGGUUGAGCCUCCAUUCAGCCAUCAAGCGGUGAUGACCACUGUUACGAUGGUGGAGCAACACGUAGUCCGCCAUUUCAGGUCUCUCAGAGGUGGCGGCAAUCUCAGCCGUGGCCUGAUUCAUCCAGCACAGGACUUGAAGAUGCUACCUUUUUGGGUGGUUUGCGAGAUGUUCUACGGCCCAUUACCAGCAGAUCUUACACAACUCCUCGAAGAACUAGCACCGCUACGAGAGCGCCUCUUCCAAUACGUCGUCGAAGGAGGGCUACAACGUUUCUGGUUAUCACGAUAUCUCCCAACAAAAGCCAAUGCUGACCUGAAAUACUUUCAGCAGCAGUGGAGGUCUUUCAAUGAUGCAGCUCAGCGCCACGCUCUGUCGAGCAAUCCAACAGCACCAAUAGUGAGCAUGUAUGCCGCGGUACAAGCGGGACAGUUGUCGAGCGAACAACUGCUCCAGACACUAGAUGAAUCACUCUAUGCUAACCUCGAUGUUACUACCGGCGGUCUCUCCUGGAACCUCGUCUUCCUCGCUGCCCAUCCGGAGAUUCAAGAAAGCGUAAGAGUUGAGAUCGCCGCUGCUGCAGAUUCUGGCGAGCUCCAUGCAUAUCUUCUGGAUAGCUCGACCUUGCUCGCGGCGUGUAUUAUGGAGUCUAGCCGUCUAAAACCACUGGCGGCGUUCAGUGUGCCCCAGGCAGCACCAACGGACCGCGAAGUUGACGGUUAUAUUAUUCCUGCGGGGACUUCUUUYGUCAUCGAUGCUUACGCGCUGAAUGUUCGAAAUCAGGCCUGGUCUCCGGACAACACAACCUACAGACCCACCCGCUUUGUCGGAGUCCGAAACUCAGACCUUCGAUAUCUCUUCUGGCGAUUUGGAUUCGGAGCCAGACAAUGUAUGGGAAAGCAUGCUGCCGAUCUGAUUAUACGGCAAGCAAUCGUUCAUCUAGUCCAGAACUACGACUUGGCUUUGCAAGAUUCUGCUGCAUGGACACGGGAUCCCAAGACCUGGAUCACACAUCCAGAUUUCGAGUUGUUAUGCACGGAAAGGGAGUGA